AUGGGCGGUAAGAGAAACAAGAAACGGUUGCAGAAGAUGGCUAAAAAAAUCCGUACUGGGCCUCUACGUGACGAUUCCUACGAAGCUUUGGAAGUAACCGAGCCGGUGCAAACGGACAGUGACAGUUGCGGAAACCUGGGCGAAACCUGGCCCCCUAGCAUGGAGACUCAGAUUUCUGAGAAGCACCCAGUGUUCGCAAACGUCGGAUCUCUCUCGUACGAAGUAGACUCCAUGCAAUCAUGGAAAGCCAUGAGUUUCAGAAGGACAGAGCACGUUCAACAGAGGAGCCAAAGCCAAAGCUGCUUCGCCACGCCCAUUCCGAGUCCACCGCCCUCAGCCUCACCGCAACACUUGUCACUGAGAAACCGCCGCCAUGGUUCGCCUGCUCUCCGUCGCUUCGCUGCUCGUGGUCGCUCUUGUGAGCUUCUCGUGUGUUCAGGGUAUCCCGGACCCCAAUAUGGUCGCAGCCAAAGCCACCAUCGUCGCCAUGGACACUUCCAGCCAAGCGCUCGACAAGGUCACGGAAGCUGCCAAACGCAACACUAAUGACAAGAGUCUACUUCAGAAGAAGGCCUAAACUGGCCAGGGCCCUCCUAGAUGGACCAACUCCCCCCCCCCCCUCCAACCAAGGAAGCAACUACGUGGCAGACCUUGGUAUGUGACUCGUUUUGUGUUUAAGUAGAUUUAAAAGCGACCGGCCAAUGCAUGUCUUGCAACAAGU